CGCACCGAGCCAGCAGGUCGACCAUGCAAGCGUGGUGCUCGGCCGUCGGCGCCACGCCGUACUUGGCCUCCAUGUUGUCGAAGUACUCCCAGGCUUCGGUGACCAGGCCCAUGGAUCGGCAUGCGGUGAGCACCGCCGUGAAGGUUACGCCGUCCGGCUUCAGCCCCGACCUCCACAUGUCGUGGAACAGCGCCGCCGCCUCGUGUGCCUGCCCGUGCACGGCCAGCCCGGCGUGUUCAGCAUGCCGCUGCUGGCGCACUACAAGGUUGACCCCAAGCGCAACCGGCUGCUCAUGGUGGCCUGCAACGCCGAGGACAUGCUCCUCCCGCGCGCCAACUUCACUUUCUACGAGUUCGACGCCGGCUUCAGGCUGGUGCAGAAGCGGGAGUUCGUGCUGCCGGCGCACCUCAUGAUCCACGACUGGGCCUUCACCGACUCCCACUACGUCGUCCUCGGCAACAGGAUCAGGCUCGACAUCCCGGGGUCGAUGCUGGCCAUGACGCGCACGCACCCCAUGAUCGCGGCGCUCGCGCUGGACCCGGGCAAGCGGACCACGCCGGUCUACCUGCUGCCGCGCUCCACGGAGGCCGUGGCCAGCGGCCGCGACUGGACCGUGCCCGUCGAGGCGCCGUCGCAGAUGUGGUCGCUGCACGUCGGCAACGCCUUCGAGUAGGACAACGGCCGCGGCGGCCUCGACCUGCACCUGCACAUGUCGGGCUGCUCCUACGACUGGUUCCAUUUCCACAAGAUGUUUGGUAACGUCGUUGACAUGGCACCAAACAUUCAUGAUGAUCCAGUGACUGACCGACAUAUCCGUGCUCCGACAACUGGAAGAACAAGAAGCUGGAGCCUUCCUUCAUGAACGCAGUGAAGACCAAGGAAAUGCUGCCUCUUGUUCUUACCUGAAUAAUUGUGUAGUGCGGGUUCAUUAGUGCUAAGUCUAGGGGGGUAAUUGCAAAAUGUGCUGCGCUGACCGGCUCUGCUGACUAGGCUCCACUUGUCGUUGUCUGAUUGGCUAGGACCAAAUUUGCACAUUGGUGCAAGUUGUGGGAUGCAAUAGUUUGCUUUUGCAAGUUUUAGACUAGAUCAUCACAUCCUGGACAAGUUCGAGGACUGCUGGUGCUAUUACCUCCAUGUAAAAUGGUGCCGGUUGCA